UAAUUAAUACUUAUCUUUAGAGCAACGAAGUGAAAAACUCAGGUGCUAUGGAAAAAGAGGGGCUUGCAAGAUCACUCACAUUCUUAACUGGUGAAGGAUUGUCCAUUAACACCUUAAUAACAGACAGGCAUGUGCAAACAAGAAAAUAUAUGAGGGAGAGAUGGCCUGGAGUUAAGCACAGGUUGGAUGGUUGGCAUGUUGGAAAAGGUGAAUAUUUGAAAGAAAUAUAAUUUGGAUUAAAAUCAACUGGCACAAUUUUUAGCCACUAGUAACUGUAAUUUUAUGUAGGAACUGGAAAGAAGAUUGAUGCCCUUGCUAAAAAAAGGAUUGUGCUGUGGUUCAAAAAUGGAAGAAGAGCAUUGUCAACCACAUGUUCUGGUGUGCCACGUCAACACAUGAUGAUGACACUGACCUCAAGGAGGCAAAAUGGCUGUCCAUAACAAAUCACCUCCUGAACAGGCAUUCUGGACAUGAAAAUCCAUUGUUUCCUAAGUGUGCUCAUGGAAGGUUACAUGGGAGAAAAAGAAAGAAAAAAUGGCUCAAGCCAGGUACACCACCCUAUGAAAAUCUCACAGAGCUGCUGACAAAGGGGUCCUUCUUGAAAGAUAUAAAGCAAAUUUCAGGACAACAUGCUACAUCUUCUCUGGAGGUCUUCCAUUCUGUCUACAACCACUUCGCUGCAAAAAUGGUGGCCUUUUCGUACCAUGGAAUGACAAGCAGGUAUGAAGACUUGAACAUAUCAUAACAUCAUAAUGCACACUAACCUUGGUUAGA